AUGGAUCCGGUGUCCAGUGCUAUUGGCGUGAUCGCCGCGAUACCACAGUGCAUAGAAGCAGCAAAGCAACUGUAUGAUUUGCGUGAGCGCUUCGACCAAGCAGCCAUACUCAUAACAGCUAUCUACACGGAGUCCAUGGUUGUUGCCGCAUCAUUGUCUCAAAUUCAAAGUCUCCUACAGGGCACCACCUUGCAAAACAAGCCAGAGCUUCGCAACACUCUUGAUCAGGCGCUUACGGGGUGCUGGGUGGUCUACCAAUGUCUAGACGAAGAAGUGCGUGAUUUGGCUCGGAAAGUUGAUGUGAACGACUUGCGGAAGCGUGACCGAGCGCGCUUCCUCCUCAAGGAGGCCAAUUUCAAAGAGUUGCUGCAGCAAAUACGAGGGCAGCAAUCUGCCCUUGGAUUGCUUAUUCAGGGCUUGCAAAUGGAGUCUCUCUCCGACAUGCACCGCUUACUUGGAGACAACAGCGUAAAAUUAGAUCAGAUCGCGAAGCGGUCGACCACCUUGAGGCAAAAGCAUCCAAACAUUAAAGUGCCAGAAUCAGUGCUGGACAAGGAUACUAUCGACGACUCGCAGACGAUAUUUGGGGACGCCGAGUUCACCUUUGACGACGAGGUCGUCAACUCCAAAGCCUAUCGAAGGGCUAUGGCAAGGGCACUUACAGAGAGCUCUAUAAACGAGAAGAAGGACGAUGUCAUUGAUCUGUACAAAAAUACAGAUAAACAAGUCGAUGACCAACAGGUGGACGACACGGCAGCGGCUGAUAUGAGGUCUCUCCUGUUACGACUUGAUGACGCUAUCGAAUCGAACAACAACGACGAGCCACCCCCCUACGAGAAUGAGGGUGGAGAAGCUCAUGCAGACAUACUAGAUGAUCUUGAAAAGAGCAUGUUACCUUUCAUGCCUCCCGCAUCUACGUCUAGACAGCCUUCAGUAAUAGUCACGGAGGCUGAGUCGAUGAAUUCUUCACAAGAGCAGUCCAGCUUAGCGAUGACAGAAAGCACAACCUCAAUUACUGCCCUUGUAGCACCAUUGAGCGAAGAACCUGAAGAGAUUCAAGGCUCUUCAGAUGUGCGAGAUUCAGGGGCAACCUCGUCGCAACGUUCGCUCGACGCGACAGAUGAAAACGAAGAAGACGAAAAGCCACCUCCGCUUCCACCACGUCGUAGUGCUCAGUCCUUUCUAGCGCCAGCCAAAUCCAGUUCGACUUGUGAGUUGAAGAAGGUCUCUUCAUGGGAUCAGAUAUUCGCGCCAUUGUCGACUACGUCGUCUCUAUCGCUCACCGACCCAGGCUUAGGGGACAACACCUCUCCGCCUAAUAACCAAGUCAUUCGCAAGCCUCUGCCACUCUUGGUCAAGAAGCCUUCCAAUCUGUCUUUCUACGGCACUGAUUACAAGGAUAUUGCCUCUCCCACUUCGGAAGGAGAAACCCAUCCUGGCAAGAUUUGGGCUUCGAUAUUGUUGGACGAAGAGAAGUACAUCGAACGAUUAGGAAAAUUCACUAAUAUAUUCUAUGGACUUGUCGUCAAAGAAUGGCCGGUCUUGGAAAAGCAUAUGGAAGCAAUUGUUUUGGCCAGACAGCUUAUGCCGUUGCAUCAGGAGCACAUUCUCGACGUUGUCAAAGAGAGAUCUGCACAGAACGCGUACUCUAUUUGCGAUCCUCGUGUAUUCAUCACGUGGGCCAGUAAAACAUACCGGGUACUCAAAGAAUACUCACGGCGUUAUCCUCACGCUCUGUAUGCGCUUCGACUUACUCGAACGCGGGAUAAGAAGUUCGCUCCUUGCGUUGAGAGCCUCGGUCUAAGCCUAACAUACUUUGGUAAAAAUUGGGAAGAUUAUCUUGUGUUACCUAUCGUACAGCUUGACACCUACAUCACGAGACUACAGAGUAUAGCUCGAUGGUUGGAUGAGAGCACAACACCCGUCCCAAUCAAAGAACAAUCACGCAUCAAGGCGACGCUUGAGACUCUUCAAAGGCUGCAAGCACAAUGUUCCGAUCUUACCGAGAAGUCUAUGAGCCAAGAAGAAAUGCAAAGUCUGCAUCGGAGGAUACAUACGGUCGAUACGAGUCUGCUAGACCCUCUCGAGCUUUCCGCACCAGCCCGUCGCAUCAUAUAUCAGGGCGUACUUGCCUUCAAACACAACAAUCGCGGUCCAUGGCAGUCUAUGCAGGUGAUCUUACUUGACAACUAUGUUUUGUGGGGCAAAGUCAAGUCGGCCAAGGAUCCAAAACAUAAAGGGAUGAAAGCUGACAGUGUUCGGGUGAUUGAAAAGCCCGUACCUGUGACGCAUAUCGCGAUCAGGCUACCUGUCGGGUCAGCACAGAUUCGCAAAACUUCUUAUCUGGACGAGUUUCCACGAGGAGUUGCAUUGUACGAACUAUUCAUUGAUGUCGUAGUGACGCAGUCAAAUUUCACGACGCAUUGCGUAGGAGCAUUGUCCUCCGAGGAAAGGAACCAUUGGUACCAGAAGCUAAGCGAAGUAGCUGGCACGACGCCACCAGAGAUUUAA